AGCGGUAUCGCCACUCUCUCUCUGAGGCCAUAACAAGAGGCAAACACUGAGACUGGGAACCGUAUGGUCUGAGUGAAGACGAAGUCAACACUACAACGGAACGCUCGUACCCUGCUACACUAGCGUGACUACAUCGUGAAAAUGGACGAGCUGAGUUACCCGCUAUAUGAGCACCAGUAUGAGACAGAGCAACCACCUUUCAUUUCCACAGUGCAUGGAAUUUUUACUACAGUCGAAUUGGUGUUUGGGUUCGUCCUCUUCGUCUGGCUGCUAAGGUCCCAGAUAAACCAGUGGCCCCAACGAUUUGCCACCGCCUCAGCAUGGGCCUACAGUUUCAAUGGGAUUCACAUUCUCAUCACGGCCUCCAUAUCGCACCUUACUGCCACGUAUAUGCCCACUAUAUUUUAUUUUGUGAUGUACCAGUUCACAGCGGCGCUGUCCCUCAUCGCUGCCGGCAUAUGGAUUGUUUGCGGUGCAAGAGCACCCAAUGCGCCGAAAGGUCAUGGGAUCCUGUCCAUUAUUACUGGAGGAAUUCAUGGUGGGCAUUUCGGCUACACUGUCGUCUCGGAAUACAUACUUUAGCGCAACAGCGCCAAAUCCAUUCCUUCAACCAUCAUAUCGUAACUGCAUCCAUUUCGAUUGUACCAUAAUUUUCAACCUUAUAAAACAAAGGCAUAGAUCGUUUUUCUGUUUAGAUCUGUAUGCUAAUGACAAUGCUGGCAAAAAUAAACGUAAGUACCA